CUGACGUCACCGCGCCGUCUCUGGUGGGCGGGGCUUCCCGGCGGGCGGCCAAGAUGGCGGAGCUGGACCUGCUGGGCUCCAUCCUGAGCUCCAUGGAGCCGCCGCCGGCGCUGGGCGACUGGGAGGCCAAGCGGGCCAAGGAGCAAACAGCACAGCUGAAGAAGCUUCAAGAGCAAGAGAAGAGGCAGAAAGUCGAGUUCAGGAAGCGGAUGGAGAAGGAGGUCUCCGAUUUCAUCCAAGAUAGCAGCCAGACCAAGAAGAAGUUCCGGCCCAUGAACAAGAUUGAGCGCAGUAUUCUGCACGACGUGGUAGAAGUCGCAGGCCUCACCUCCUUCUCCUUUGGUGACGAGGAGGAGUCCCGAUACGUCAUGAUUUUCAAGAAGGAAUUUGCUCCCUCGGACGAAGAGCUGGACGCCUACCGCCGGGGGGAGGAGUGGGACCCCCAGCAGGCCGAGGAGAAACGCCGGCUGAAGGAACUGGCUCAGCGGCAGGCGGAAGAGGAAGCCCUGAAAGGCCCCACUGUGGUCAAUCCCAACACCGACUACAAGGACAAGUACAGCCACCUGAUUGGGAAGGUGGCUGCCAAGGACGCCGCGCACACCAUGGAGGCCAACAAGGCCUACGGCUGCGUUCCCGUUGCCAACAAGAGAGACACACGCUCCAUCGAGGAGGCCAUGAACGAGAUCCGGGCCAAGAAGCAGCGCCUCCGCCAGACUGAGGACGAGGGCCCCGCUCCGCCCGCCAGCAGCUCGUAGGGAUUGGGGCCGCCGGCAGCAGCCGGGCUUGCUCCCCGCCGGGUGAUUUCAGGGACUUGCCUCCAGAGCUGCUGCUACUUCUGUGGAACCCACCUGGGGGCUCCCCAGAGCGGAUUAGGAGGGGGACCCCCACGAAACAUCCCUCCCCCUCCUCCCUAGGUGUACCCCAGCCCAUUUGAGUAGUUGACCCCUAGCCUUAG